UUGGGAGUCAGCUGCUUUUUAGGUUACCAAGUGUCAGGUGAUUCCAAUUUCUAAAUUCGCCCAAAAAGUACUCGUUAAAAUGGCUUUGCAUUCGGCUAUUAAAGGAAAAUUACUUUCUGUUAUCGGAGAUGAGGAUACUUGCGUUGGGUUCCUUUUGGGCGGUGUUGGAGAAAUAAACAAGAAUAGGCAUUCCAAUUUUAUGGUUGUGGAUAAAAAUACCGCUGUUAGUGAAAUUGAAGAUUGCUUUAAGCGUUUUAUUAAACGUGAUGAUAUCGACAUCAUUUUGAUUAAUCAGAACAUCGCUGAGAUGAUUAGACAUGUUAUUGACAGUCAUACUCAGCCUAUUCCCGCUGUUUUGGAAAUCCCAUCAAAAGAUCAUCCUUAUGAUGCUAGUAAAGAUUCCAUUUUACGCAGAGCAAAGGGAAUGUUCAACCCUGAUGAUUUUACCCGAUAAGUAUGGAAUUUUUAUGUAUACUUAGGUGGUUGGAUGGAUUAAUUAUGUAGUUGUUGUACAUUCCUUUGAUUUUUGUGGUAAUAACAUGCUUCAUGAGUAUUAAAUUUGUUCGAUUAUUGUAGAUUGUAUUAUAAUAUAAAUUGGUUAAAUAAAUACGAACAUUUAAAUUGUA